GUAGGAUGCAUAGUGUUAUUUAUUGCCUUGAUUUUUGGUUUCAUGAUAUACAAUACAUUAUAUUACGGGAGAAUCGGCCAUAAGACUGAACCUUGGGGUAAAAUGUAAUUAAUCCAUAACAAUUGAAGGUCAAAAGUAUACUAUUUGAAAUGUUUAACGACCAGAUAUGUCAUUUACCCAAAUUAAAGAACUACAACUCCAUGGAGUAACUCGCUAUUCGAGACCGGUCGUGUUCUCUUUUAGUCCUCUCUCUCUGCUGGGCGUGAUAAAGUGGUUGGUGGCCUCUUUAAACGUUUGGGAGACUUGAAUUUUGAUUAUUUUCAAGUUGGAUUCUGGAGCUGCUCAAGAAUUUGAAAACUUGGAAUGUUGCGCAGCGACGUCGUUUUCUGAAGUGUUUUCGGUUUCUGGGGAGUUUUACCUGCCAAUUUUGAUUCUUAGGGCUUUGAUUCGCAGUGAAUACUGAACUGUCAUGGCUGACUCCGGCGCUGCUCAAGAUUCCAGCAACCUUAAUCUAAAAGCUGAAGCUAGGGAAGAAGUAGUUGGGCCGGGUAAUGAUGAUCAAACCGCCAGGGAAAAUGGGAGUAAUUCCACGACCACACCGCCGGCGGAGGCUGUCGUUCGAGAGGAAAUAGAAGCUGAGCCGCAGGAAGUAGUGCCAGAGACGGGUGAGGGCGCCGUCAAAGAGCUAGCAGCAGGAUGUAACAAUGAAAAACUCACGGUUGACAAGGAUGAUGACAGAUCUGUUGAAGCAGGAGGAGUCACAGAAGAGACUGUUCAACAACAGCAGGAGAAUGAAACUGAUAAUAAUGGGCUGAAUACGCUGUCAGGACUGGAAACAAAGAAUGAGGAGGCGGAGUUGGUUCAAAAUACAGAACAAAGUGUACCACGGGAAGAGGAAGCGGACGUGAUGAAAACCUCUAAUAAUAUUACUGCUAAUCUAUCAACACUUGAUUUGGUGGAUGAAGGACCAGAAACUGAAGAGGAACAAGCAGCUUUUAUGAAGGAGUUGGAGUUGUUCCACAAGUCCAAAUUUUUGGAGUUUAAACCCCCUAAGUUCUACCAAGAGCCUUUGAAUUGCCUCAAAUUAUGGAAAGCUGUAAUCAAACUUGGUGGCUAUGAACAGGUCACUGCUUGCAAGCUGUGGCGUCAAGUUGGUGAAUCUUUCAACCCUCCCAAGACAUGUACCACGGUUUCCUGGACAUUCCGGGGUUUCUAUGAGAAGGCGCUGUUAGAGUAUGAAAAGCACAAAAUGCGUAAUGGUGAACUUCCUUUCAAUGACGGUUCUUUCCUGGAGUCCUCUAGUGUCGGCAAUCAGGCGGGUCUUGGUCAAGCAUCAGGGUCAGGUCGAGCAAGAAGGGAUGCUGCAGCUCGUGCCAUGCAAGGUUGGCAUACUCAGCGUCUUCUUGGCAAUGGAGAGGUUGGAGAUCCUAUUAUUAAGGAUAAAACCUCUAUAUCUACACCUAAACGUGAAAAACAGCUGAAAAGCGUGGGUAGGGUCCCAUACCAGAAACACUGGUCUUGUUUUCUUAAGUUAUUAUAGGCUCAAUUUUAUCUAUGGAGUUUUAAUGUCUUUCUUCUGUAUUCAUGAUGAAGGUUUGCUAAAGCGUAAAAAGCUCUCUCCUGUUGAUCAUUCUCUAGAGGUUGCUCGCCAGAAAGCAGUAAAAUUGCAGUAAGUAUCGGGAUCCAUAUUUUUAUUAUGUUACUAUGAGGCUGAAGCAUAUAUUUUAAGGUAUAUGUUGUUUCCUGCAUCAGUCUGGUGUAUGUUCACUUGUAUGAUGACUAGUUUUUGCUUAUAUGUUUUGAAAGCAACUGGGGAUGGGGUUCGAAAAUUUGUUUGUUGCAUGUGAAGCUUUAUCGUUGAUUGUUCCCUAUUUUGUAGUAAUUAGGUUCUAUAGAAUACUACUACUUUUAGACAUUAUGUGAUACUUUUUGUAGUUGAGGUUUACAGUUUGUUAUUUUAUUUAUUUAUUUAUUCUUUUUUGGCGUUUAUGAGUAGACUGGAAACUAUGGUUGUCGAUAUUGGCACCCCAGCUGAUUGGGUGAAGAUCAAUGUGCAGAAAACUGUAAGUUUCUGGUUCUUGACUGGAUUGGCCUCUCUUCUUUUGCAAUGACUCGUAUCAGAACAGUAACUUUUUUUUCUUUUUUUUUAUUUGAAAUUAAAAUUACAGAAAGACUGCUUUGAAGUGUAUGCUUUAGUUCCUGGACUUUUGCGUGAGGAGGUACUGAAGAAAGAUCUAUUCUCGGGGUGCUGUGUUUUUCAUUUUCUUUCCGCUGGUUUAUUUUAGAAUUUUAGUUCUUACUGCUUAAAAUUAGGUACGCGUACAAUCUGAUCCUGCUGGGCGCUUGGUAAUAACUGGUCAGCCGGAACAACUGGAUAAUCCUUGGGGUGUCACGCCAUUUAAAAAGGUUGAAUGUGUUUUUUACAAGCUUGUUGCUCAAAUUAUCCUACACCUCCUUUUCCAGCCUUAAAUGUGACACCUAACAUCAUUGCAAUUUGGAUAACUGACAAAGAGCAAUUUACACUUGUGCUUCUUUUUUGAGUUUGGGACAGCCGGGAGUGGGAGGUAGGUAGUGAGCUUGGAUAACUGACAAGACGUCAGGCGGAACUUUUGUGUUUCAUUUUAUUGAUUCUGGGUGAUAUGGUUGAAGCAGGUAGUGAGCUUACCAACUAGAAUAGAUCCUCAUCAGACCUCUGCCGUGGUUACCUUACAUGGACAAUUGUUUGUGCGAGUACCCUUUGAGCAGUCAGAAGUUUAGAACGUGGAUGGAGGAGGGGGAAAGUUGCUGAAUGAAUUGAGGUUGCUGAAGGAACACAAGUUUCAGCACAUGUUCAGUUUAGAUCUUCCUGUCUUAAUUCCAGAAGUUGUAUGUUUCCUUUUGUUGGUUGGUGGACCUCUUAUGUACUCUUUUAAUGUUGCCUUGAUGGCUUGAUUUGUACCAUUUGUUGAAGCUGAGCAUUCCACAUAUUUUAGUAACACCUGUCAAAUGUUGAAAUUAGCAGUUUUCUGUUUCUUUGCAUAUUAGGUUCCAAAUAAAAAACACUGAAAGAUAUUAGGACCCAAAUUUUAAAGGAACUU